AUGAAGCUCAUCGUCGUCGGCGCUACGGGCCUCAUCGGCACCGAAGUCAUCCGUCAAGCCCUCUCGCACAAGUCCGUCACCUCCGUCGUCGCCCUCGGCCGCCGUCCCACGCCGCCGCCCGAGAGCGUCCCCGCCGGGCCGGAGCUCGAAAAAGCAUGUCAAGAGCCAGCUCUCCGGCGCCGACGCCUGCAUCUGGCAUUUAACUCUUUGCACCUAGAACCGCCCUCUCCUGACACGAAUGUCCUUCCCCCCCCCCUUAGGCUUCUGGCUAUUACGCCGACCGCGUCCAAGAGGUUGGAUUUUGAGGCGGUCAAGACAGUCUGCGUCGACUACGUCAUGAAAGGCUUUGACACGCUGAAGCAGCUGCCCCGACCCAAAAGCGGCAAGCCCUUGCGCUUCGUCUAUGCCAGCGGCGCCAAAGCAGAGCGGGACCAGACCAAGAAGCCCUGGAUUCUCGGCGACUACACCCUGAUGCGAGGCCGCGUCGAAACACAGCUACUCGACGCCACCGCGGAAUCUGGCGGCGUCAUGGAGAUGUGCCUCCUGCGCAUCGGCCUCGUCAAGUCGCCCGAGAGAAUGGGCUACAUCACCGGCAUGCUGGCCCAUGCCGCCGCGGGCAUAAUUGGCCUCCCUCUGAUUGAUAUUCGCGAGAUUGGCGGCGCGGCGGUCAGCGCGGCGGUGCACGGCUUUGACAAGGACACGCUGGACAAUGACGAGCUCAUUGCCAUGGGCCGCAAAGAGCUCAGGGAGAUUGGCGAGGAGCCUAGCACGUAG